AGAGGAGAACAUAACAAAGGAACAGGAAGCAGAAAACCUUACCCUGAUGCUAAUCCCGUCAUGGCAGGACCUAGCCCAUCCCCAGCUAUGGCGGCGGCGGCGGCGGCCACGCCGGCGAGGGCCUGGUGGCGGCCGGAAAUCCCCGCGACCGCCGCAGCCGCUGCUGGCAGCUGCUUCUUCCGUGCCGGAGGAAAGCGCUUCAGUACAGGACUUCAAAUGACAGGCAGAGCCAGCAGCAUCCUCCCUCACGUCAAGAGCGGGGAGGCAGCGGAAGGGAGCCCCAACGCCGACGCCGACACCGCCACUGCGACCGCCCCCGUUGUCGACGAGGAGACCCUCCGCAAUGACCUGGAGACGGCGAUCGAGGAGGAGGACUACGGGCGCGCUGCCAAGCUCCGGGAUGAGCUCCGACACCUGCGAGAGGACGGGCGGUCGUCGUUGCUGGCGGCGAACGCGCGGUUCUACGACGCGUUUCGGGACGGUGACCUGGCGGCGAUGCACGCGGUGUGGGCGAAGGGGGAGCACGUGUACGUGGUGCACCCGUCGGCAGGGCGCAUCUCCGGCUACGAGACGGUGAUGCGGAGCUGGGAGAUGGUGUGCGACGCCGACCACGAGUUCCCGCUGCGGUUCGACCUGCAGGACGUGGAGGUGCACGUCAAGGGGGAUAUUGGGUACGUGACCUGCCUGGAGAUGGUGAAGACGAGGGGCAGCGGCGGCAGCUGGGGCAAGCAGCUCGCCACCAACGUCUUCGAGAAGGUCGCCGGCGAGUGGCUCAUGUGCGUCCACCACGCCUCCCAUCUCGACGACGACGACGAAUGAUCAUGGAAGAUGGAUGAUGACCAGGUUCGAACACAGGAGGUUUCGCGGUACAGACGUGAGCGUAUAGAGUUACAGGCCAUACCAUUCGUCAGAGUUGAGAGACGUUUUAUCAUUUCUAGUUCUUCCAUUUUUGUAUCAUCAUCAAAUACAUAUGCUAAUUUUGUAUUAUCAAAUACAUAUCCUAUUUUGUGGAACCCUCCGUCCCGCUCAAACCAAUGUAUAAGACGGAUUUCAAUGAGUGACGGAAGUUGUUUUCUUUU